AUGGUGCCCGCCAGCCGAAGGGUGGUUGGCAAGAGGAUGAUAGCACCCCCAGCUGACUGCGACGCACAUAAAGAACGUCUUCUGGCGGAAUUCCUGGCGGCCCGCAUCGGCGACAGCAUUGUGGACGUAUCGCAGGCCAUCAACGCAAAGUUUUUUUCUCACCCACUCGAGAACGUACGCGGCACAGCACCAAAAAACGGUCGGAUUUUUCUCACAAGUGCAGCGGGGGCACGACGCGGGAACAUAACAGCAAAAUUGAUUUUUGGUGGCGAUCGGCGGGCUGCCUCUACCUCGCUAACGGGGGGAUGCCACUUGAAAAGGGAAGAGAAACCUGAUGCAGAGAAAAAUCGAUGGAUCCGCGGAGUUCUUAUUGUGUCGAGCACGAUUCCACCCCCAUCGGCGUCGGUGUUUUUGGAUCGUCAUGGUAACGGCUGCGUCUUCUUCUUUGGGGGCCACAACGUGUCGGUGCAGCUUUUGGUUCGCGUUGUGGGUGUGCCGCUUCCACCGUUCAUUCCGCAUGCCUCCACCGCAGACUCCACCACAACAACAACGAUGCAACUGUCAGCGCGAGAGAAAUACAGGCAAAUAUUGCUGGAGACUGAGCUUUCCUUCCUGAAGAGUUUAGAGGCGUGUUUGGUGUGGCUGCUGCGUUCUCAGUGGUGUGAGAAGAUGCAGAGAAAAAGCCACGACAGUCAUUUGUGCCGUGAUCUAAAGGGCCCAGCAUCGUUAGUGUCGGCAUCAUUCUUCACUGAGGAACCGGCGACGCUUUCGGUCCCGCUGUAUUACCUUCCCAUGCAUGUUGAAGACAAUGCCAACUCGCGCCUUGCGGAUGUAGUUGGGUUUGCAGCUGAAUUCAUGGAUCUGAUUUUGGACGCGGAGAAGUCGGUGGUGAAGGAAACAACAACCCUUUUACAGCAACUGGUGCGACUCUUCAGCAUGAUGGAAAACAGUACGGAGGGUGACAGCGAUGCUGAAAGAACGAACAAGAAGAGCGAGGAGGAUGUAAAGGAGUUUCUCUACCAUUUGUACAGCCGGGCUGCUUCGCUGCUGCAAGCGAGGUGUCACCGCCAUUCACAUGCAAGUAUGAUCGUGAACAGCAGUAACAAGCGUCUUCCUGGUGCUGAUGGGACACCAACACUCCCGAUUGGGUGCAAUGAUGGCGAGUGCAGCGUGCCCCUUUCGGAGUUGGUCUUGGAUGACUCGACAGUGGAUUUAGAACCCUCACCAUGUGUCCCCGAUGAUAGUUAUAACAGCGACGUUGGUGACCCUUCGUCCUCCACAGGUGCUAGCUGUGAUGUCCAGGAAUCACAGGGACAAGCCACAUUAGAAGAAAAGGAGGGCGAUAGCAUAUGCACUACCUGCUCGCUACCUGGUGUUUUGGUUCAUUGCAUGAAAGGCGUAUCGCGGAGUCCAAGCGUCAUCAUGGCGUACUACCUGCACAAGUGUUGUCGAGAGUUUUACGCGCUUUCUCGUAUUCCCCGCCAUGCAGAGCUGGCGUACCCAAUUACAUCAGCCGCGGUGGAUGACAUGGAAGACGUGUAUGUCUUUUCUUUCCACCGACUCUUGGAGUGCUUACAGGAGGCACGUCCUGUCGUAAAUCCGCAAAUUUGUUUCCUUGCUGAACUGAGGUCAAUGUGGGUGCGUUUGUCGAAAAAAAUGGCUGAAAAGGAGGCGGAAAAAAAUUUGUGA